CAUUGCAGACAUGGAAAAGAUCUGAGGUGGCGAUUGGGAAAAGUUUGUGUCAAUCAUGGCUCGAACAGAAGCUUUCUUUGAUACUGGCCUUCGUGCUGAUGGUCGUGAUCCAUCCCAACUCAGGAAAAUUUCAUGCAAAGUUGGAGCAUUCAAGCAAGCUGAUGGAAGUGCCUACAUUGAGCAGGGGAAGACGAAGAUUCUGGCUACUGUCUACGGUCCUCAAGAGAUUCGAGGUGGAAAAUCCAAAGUCUUGCACGAUCGAGCUCUUAUAAACUGCCAGUUCAGCAUGGCUGUCUUUUGCACAUCAGAAAGGCGAAAUCGUCCUCGAGGAGAUCGCAAGACUAUGGAACUGAACAGCAUGCUUCAACAGACUUAUGAAGCUGCCAUUCGUGUUGAGCUCUUUCCUCGGUCUCAAAUUGAUAUUUUUGUGGAGGUUUUGCAGGCAGAUGGUGGUGUGGCAUCAGCAGCCAUAAAUGCAGCCACCUUGGCCCUUAUUGAUGCUGGCGUCCCCAUGAAAGACUAUGUUUGUGCAUGCAGUGCUGCCAUGGUUGAUGACUUCCCAUUCCUGGACUUGAGUCACUUGGAAGAGAUUGUGGUUGGAUCAAUGGUCACAUUUGCCUGUCUCCCAAGAUCCAAGCAGAUUGUCCUCUCAGAGAUGAGUGGGAGACUUCACCUGGAUUACCUAGACAAAGUCAUGGAUGCUGCCCUGAAGGGCUGCGAAGAUGUCUUCCACAUCAUGGACAGCAUUGUGAGGAGCCAGGUUGCCCACAUGGCUGCAGCUAUGGGAUAGGACUGACUUCACCUUUCCACCAAAUACACAACUGUGAUAUCAGGAAAUGUUAGCUGAUGAGUUCAUCUCUUCUUGACCCACCACACAACUCCUAUGUUGAAUUUUGUUCCAACACCCAUUUGAUCUUAAUAGCAAUGUUACCAAGGACCAAUUAAUGAAUGAAGUUGUUUCUGGUGGCCAAAUG